CUCUUGCUAUCUAAUGACAUGGUACAUUAUGUUGUUAUAGCUUGACAGGCUCGCUCAUAAACACCAUUACACAAACACUGCAUAGUCUCCAUUUUUGAAAGUCAAAUAAGCUCUGCAUAACAGCGUUUUGUACUUUGCAUGUCUGCAGUUAACUGUACUGUCGUUGUAGUAUCCUGGAAACUAAAUAUGGUUUUUCAUUUCCUUGUAAGCAGCUGCAACAACGGCUCCAUCAGUGUGCUGCUGUCCUCUGUCGCAGACAGGUUCUUCAAACAUCGUGAGGCUGCUGUGAUGGUUUUCUGAAUAAAGACUGAGGGAAACAGGGACAGGAUGUGGCUCUUUAUAGUGCUUUACAUCCUGGGGCUACACACCUUUCAGGCUACUGGACAAGGCAAUUCAACACAAAUGUACUAUGCCACGCUGACAAUAGAUGAAAGUGCAAUUGGAAACAUAACGGAGUUACUGAAACCUUUUGUGAAUGACUCAGCUGUGUACGUUGACAACCUGUCCAAGACGACAUACUGUCAAAGUACCUCGACUAACAGAAUCUGCACAUGCGAGACAGGCUUCAUGUGGACUAAAAAGAUUUGUGAACCUUUUAAUUGUUGUAACACCAGGAUCUGCCACUUUUCCAAAGACAUUGCUCACAUGUGUGUUUCAGACAAAUCAGUUACCGUCAGCGGAAGCCUUACGUUAAAGGGAGAUAAAUAUUACCCUUGUCUGGACAACGAAAACAAGGGCUUUGAGAAUUGUACAACCACGUUGUGCACUGAGAUGAAAAAAGUCUACAGCACUUUGAGCGGAUUUGACAACUUAAAAAUCACCAGCUACAGGCUGGGAAGCGUCAUCGUAGAUUUUGAAAUGGCUUUUGGUCAAAAUAUCAACAUAUCAUACCUACAAAGCUUAUCAGAAAAUCUGAGCAGUUCCCUGAGAGGAAAACUAAAAAUGGAGACUACAGGUGUUGUUACUUUACACAUGCCAAGUAAGCCUGUGUGUCAGGACGAACCACAUAUCAUCCGUUGCACUCUAACACAGCCGCUGGAUACCAAAGAACCACCGAAGUGGGAGCUGAAAAGACAGGGCCAAAAGUUUGAAAUAACUAAUGGCACAGAGUCAGAUGUGACAAUCAAACCACUGGAGACCACAGUCAAACUUAAUAACAUAUCAGAACUCUGGGAAGGAGAGUACAUGUGUCUCUAUGUCCAAACAUCAGAGUAUUACACAAUAACCCACAAAGCCAUAUCUGAACUGGACGCAUCCCUUAGGGCAAAAAUUGACAUCACCGUGACUCCAAGUUUUCCGCACUGCGAAAAGGGCAUAGAUAGACUGACUGUACAUAUCACAUGUCAGACACAGAAUAGGAAUGAAAAUCAGACUGUGAAAUGGACAAGCAACUGCACGACGAUAGUGCAAAAAAUUAAUACCACUGCGUCAGCGAUUGUUGACUGUAAAUCUGGAAGCAGAAUUCCAAAUAUAAUGUGCAGUUUUGAAAACACAUGCCAGCAAGUCAGCCACGCUAAUACUAAUAUCAAUAUCAUAUAUGAAAAUGAUACAUUCUGUAAAGCUGAUGGUGAUUGGAAAAACACCAAAGCUGGAUUCACUGCAAGGUUACAAUGCAAAUAUUCAACAGGACAAAGACAAAGGAGCUGCAGUAGCUCGGGGAUAUGGGGAGCGGAGGUUUCAGGGUGUGUGAAUAAUGAAGUGACCAAUGUGCUGCAGAAAGCAACCAUUGUUGACAUUGGACUUGGCAAAACAGAUGAUAACGUUGCACAAGUGUUUUCCCUCCUCGGGAAGGUCACUAAUGACUCACAGUCUAUCAACACUUUUGCCAAUAUAAAUGCAACUAUUGCAAUACUCAACAUUUUGAGUGAAAAGAAUAACAUAAAGGCAAAUUCAACAGCAACAAAUGACUUUCUUGAGUCAUCCAGCAAUUUGCUGGAAAGGUCUCUUCAAGCUUCAUGGGAAACAAAGCUGAACGGAAGCCAAAACCCCCUGGCUGACACAUAUUUGAGAUCUGUUGAGAAAUUAAUUAAGGUGGCAGACAUAACAAAUGCCCCUAAAAAAAAAAAAAACAUAGAGGUAGCAGCAUGCAAUUCCACACAGAGUUCGAUUUGUACCAACAAGGUGUUCAAUGUCACCGUCCAACUUAAAGGUUCAGAUGAUGUCCAAGUAAAAACAGCUGGGUUUCAAGAACUGGAGAAGUAUUUGCCCAACAACCACACAGAGUUCAGCCCCAACAGCAUUGUCGUGUCAACAACUGCUGAUAACCAACAACGGAGUCCGGUGUCCGUCACAAUUAACUUCCAACUGCUCAAGCGGAGGCCUCGCAACGUUGAUAUAAAGUGCGUGUACUGGGACGAGAAUAUACCAGGUUGGUCACCAGAAGGAUGCGAAUGGCAAGGUCAUUAUAGGGAGACAGAAUGUGUUUGCCAACACCUGUCCUCAUUUGCCAUUCUAAUGUCAAAGUAUCCCCUGAACAUCCCUGAGUUAACAAAGAUAACCUACGCCGGACUGUCUAUAUCAGUAAUAUGCCUUGUUAUUAACCUUCUGAUCGAACUGACUGUCUGGAGUGCCGUGGUUAAGACAAACACUUUAUAUCUACGCCAUACUGCCCACGUAAACAUUUCUCUCUGUUUGCUAAUUGCAGAUUGCUGUUUUUUAGCGUCUUCUGAGCCAAAGAAAAUUUCAGAAAUCAUGUGCGGUGUCUUUGUCGUGUUGAAGCAUUUCUGUUACCUGUCCAUGUUCUUUUGGAUGUUGUGUCUGAGCAGCAUACUUCUUCAUCAAGCGGUUUUCCUGUUCCAUAAUGUGAGCAAGAAAAACUACCUCCGGUUCUCAAUAGUCCUGGGCUACGUGUGUCCUCUGCUCAUUGUUGCUGUCACACUUCUUGUCUAUAAGGCCGGUGCUGAAGGCCAUUACUUCUCCCACGAGACCUGUUGGCUUGUUUAUGAUGGAUUUAUGAAAGGGUCAAUCCACACGUUUAUCAUACCAGUGGGUAUAAUUAUUUUUAUCAACAUUUUCUCCAUGGUGGUGGUAAUCAUGAAGCUUUUGGAUCACCCUAAGGGCGUAGACAAAUCUCACGACAAAGAAAAAAAGGCGGCCCUAACUGUCAUGAGGUCAGUCGUCCUUCUGACGCCAGUCUUCGGUCUGACUUGGAUGUUUGGGUUUGGUGUAAUGCUUCUUGAUCUCACAUCUGGGAUCAUGGCUUACAUCGUCAAUUACAUCUUUACGCUGCUGAACGCAUUCCAGGGUUUGUUCAUUUUGUUAACCACGUGCCUGGGGGACAAACUGACCCGUGAAGCACUGCUGAAUCGUCUUACAAGCAAGACCAAGACUCACACAUCGACUAAUGACAGCACCACAAAGUUAGAAUCAACUAUGAAGAAGUGAAAAUCAUCUCAAACAUGUGCACCGUGUGUUUAGUGGCGGUGAGGUCACAACCAACUGAACACCCCUCACCUCACCCAUACUUACUUAUUUAUACUGCCAUUUAAUUUCUGUAUUAUUCUGCCAAUAUACCCCCUAAACCUUUCACACUGGACCUUUAAAUCAAAACAUUUUACACAUAAAAUCAAAGAUAUAAGCACAAUAUGCUACAUUUACUCUCUGAUUUGAUUAUUUGUCUCUUGUUUAUUUUGGUUUAUUAUCUGUGAUACAUGUUAAGUCCACUGCACAAAGUUGUAAUGUUUAUUUAGUAUAUACCUAUGUGUCUGAUAUUUCAAUUAAACUACAUAUUAAUAUCAAAUGUGGUUUAAGCAAUACUGUAUUUUACAUGUUUUCCAUGAGUGAAGUGCUGAAAUGCCACAGAAACACUGUUUACUGAAAGGCUACUUUACUGCGUAACUGUAAGUUAGGCCUACGUCUGAAUGUUGCUUUUAGAGAUCCUGUUUUCUUCGUUUUCUUUGCCCUGUUCUGCCCAAUCCUCGUCUGUGUCAUCCAGUGAAAUCCCUUUUUGGGCGGCCACCUUGCGGUAGGCCUGGCACUCAAUUUCUGCUCUGCAAAACACAAAAACAGGGCAAUUUUACUUGUUUAACUUCUGUAUAAAGUCACUGUAUGAGACUAUUAGGCGGACUAUUUGAAAGAAAAAGCAUUUUCAUGUAAAAAUAAAGUUUGAUUAAAGUAUGACACAUGUCAAGGAGGUAUGAUUCAUAAAUAAAACCAGUGGUGGAAAAAUUAGAAAA